GAGUGUUGGUGCGGGGAAGAUGCAGUCAGAGAUAUGUCCCCCUGGGGAUGAAUAAAGUAAUAUCUUAUCUUCAUCCAGUGGUUCCCAACCUCUGGUUCAAGACCCCCUAACGGGUCCCUGGAUCCCCCCUAAGGGGUCCCAUGCUGAUCAGGACUGUGGAACCGCGCUGAGGCAGCGUUUCCUCUCGUGACCGUGGCAGCAUUCAGAAGACAGAUUGGCCCAUUUGAGCACAAUGGGAGGCGUCCCGCUUCCAAUCUGACACAUUUGCACACGUAACCUGCCGAGCGGCAGCUCAUCUCCUCGGGCCGAUCGCAGCAGCAGAUAUCGACUGCCGCAGCGUCUGCGGGCCCAGGCUAAGUGCUGCAGCGCAUUAGCUCCCAUUGUGGCCGGCUAAAUGGACGGAGAGACGUCCACUUCCUCCCGCCGCCGUAAUGGACUCUGGUCUCAUCACGUUCUCAUUAUCGUGGUUUGUUGCUGCAGAGUUAACUUUCCACAACAAUAGUUUUCCCAUUUCGGGAAACGAAGAGAGGGAUCAGCUCUUCGUCCUCAAUCUGCACAUGAGAAUGAACGUUUCUAUUCUCCGCUCUCAGAGGAACGAGCUGCACGCUAUCUGGGGACCCCCGGGAGGUCCUGCACCUCAGGGUCCCAGCGUUCUGCUGGUGGAACCGUUCUACGGCGGCUCUCACAAACAGCUGAUCGACCUGCUGCAGCAGAACAUCCACGGCUGCUGCGUCUUCACGCUGCCCGCCAAGAAAUGGCACUGGAGGGCGAGAACGGCGGCGCUGCACUUCAGCCAGACCAUCCCCACCUGUCCAUCAUACAGAGUCCUGUUCAGCAGCUCAGUCCUGAACCUGUGUGAGCUGGUGGCCCUCAGACCAGAUCUGGCUCACCUGAAGAAAGUUCUGUACUUCCACGAGAACCAGCUGGUUUAUCCGGUCCGCAAAGACCAGGAGAGAGACUUUCAGUACGGAUACAACCAGGUCCUCUCAUGCCUGGUGUCAGACGUGGUGGUGUUUAACUCGGUCUUCAACAUGGACUCCUUCCUUUCCUCGAUCUCCUCCUUCAUGAAGAAGAUCCCAGACCACCGACCCAGAGACCUGGACCUGCUGAUCCGGCCCAAGUGUGUGGUCCUGUACUACCCAGUCCAGUUCCCUGAUGUCAGCAGGUGUGGUGAGUUUCCAUCAUCAGGAGACGAGCAGGAAGAUCCACAUGAGUCCAGUUGUGAACCCAGAACAGACCAGAGACCAGUUAGUGAGGGGGAUACUGGAGACCAGAUGAAACCUCUUCACAUUGUCUGGCCUCACAGGUGGGAGCACGACAAAAACCCUGAGCUGUUUUUUUCCACUUUGAUCAAACUGAAAGAAAAGCAAGUCGACUUUCAUCUGUCGGUGCUCGGAGAGACUUUCACUGAAGUACCAGAGAUCUUCUCGGAGGCCAGAAGUCAGCUGCACCGUCACAUCCAGAACUGGGGUUACCUGUCCAGGGACCGCUACCUGCAGGUGCUGCUUCAGGCCGAUGUGGUCGUCUCCACCGCACGACACGAGUUCUUCGGAGUCGCCAUGUGUCCUCUUCAGAGACCUGGUGGGAACCUGCAGGUGUGGACUCUGAGGACCGGCAGCCUGUGAACCAGACUUCAGUCACCUGCACUCCACAGCGCUGCAGGCCGAACGGCCAAUCAGACGCUCCGCUCUCUGAAGCUCGACCAAUCAAACGGCCCUGUGAGUGCGUCGGCCUGCAGCGCCGAUGUGUGAUCUGCACCUGAUUGAUGUUUAGAGCUCCAUGUGUAUAAUAUGUGAGGCUUCACACCGAUAAUACAUUACAACAACAAAUAUGUAACGGAGAAGAUGAAGAACGCAUCAACAUAUAUACUGUCACAGUAGUAUGAAGAACACAUCAACAACUAAUACUGUGACAUAUAAGUAUGAAGAACACAUCAACAACAACAAAUAUACUGUCACAGUAGUAUGAAGAACACAUCAACAACAACAAAUAUACUGUCACAGUAGUAUGAAGAACACAUCAACAACAACAAAUAUACUGUCACUUAGAAGUAUGAAGAACACAUCAACAACAACAAAUAUACUGUCACAGAAGUAUGAAGAACACAUCAACAACACAUACUGUGACAGAAGUAUACAAAUAAAUAAAAUAAGAAUAAUGAAAUUGCCUCAAUUUGAAAAUGUUGCUGUUGGAACUAUUUUGUAAACGAUGAAAUACUUAUGUUAGCAUGCAAUGCUAGUGGAGUGUAUGGAUGCUGUACACAUGUUAGCAUUCAAUGCUAGUGGAGUGUAUGGAUGCUAUACACAUGUUAGCAUUCAAUGCUAGUGGAGUGUAUCGAUGCUGUACACAUGUUAGCAUUCAAUGCUAGUGGAGUUUAUGGAUGCUGUACACAUGUUAGCAUGCAAUGCUAGUGGAGUGUAUGGGUUUCCGUACACAAGUUGGCAUGCUAUGCUAGUGGAGUGUAUGGGUGCUGUACACAUUAGCAUGAUAUGCUAGUAGAGUGUAUGGGUGCUGUACACAUAUUAGCAAGCUAUGCUAGUUGAGUGUACGGUUUGCUGUACCCAUGUUCGCAUGCUAUGCUAGUGGAGUGAAUGGGGGACAUACGCAUGUUAGCAUGCUACGCCAGCAGCAUGCUACGCCAGCAGCAGGUUGACAAGGUGAAGGAAUAAAUAAAUAAAGAGGAUUCAUGUGAUUCAUUAGCGUUCAUAGUGUUUCUAUAAACAAGAACGAGACUUUCAUAACGAGAGACGGCACGCUGUGGUAAUGAAGUCAGGAGCUAAUUAU